GAGGGUGUAGAUAUUCUGGGAGAUCAUUGCCAGCACCUUGGAUUGGAACUUAUUUCUAUGGUGUUGCAUAUUUCCUUGAACUCUCUUUACCAGCUUUCUGAAGGGAUUGUGCUUGGGUUUUUAAGAUAUUAUAAUUUUGUUAUUCUUAUAAUUUUUUGAAGUUCUCCCAAUGUGAUGAGGAAUGAUGAUCUUGACUCUAUAGCUCUUGCAUGCUGUGCAAAGUUGAAGUUUGUUCAACAUCUCUUUGCACCUAAAGCUGAGAAUUGUGGAUUAGAGAAGGAAGCAAGUGGGCCGAGCUUUGGGGUGGAUUGUAGAUAACACGUCUUCUCUUUUGGUGUGUUAACUUGCAAUUACAUAAUUGUACACUUGCACUUCCCUGGAGGUCCGAAGAGCCAGACGGAUGAUUAUUUUUAUGAGGGACUUUGUUGCAGAAAUGGGUCAGGACCAAACCAAACAACAGAUUGAGAAGGGAUUGAGGCUGUACCAGUCUAAUGAUACAGAAAAGGCUUUAUGCAUCUGGAUGAAAGUGUUAAGGAAGACGUCUGAUCCUGGGGGGAAGUUUCGAGUCUUGGGGUGUCUGAUCACAGCAAAUUCAGAAAUGGGGAAAUACAAAGAGAUGCUACAGUACUCUCUAGCUCAGAUAAACACAGCCAGAGAGAUGGAAGAUCCGGACUACUUGACGGAGGGCUACCUAAACUUGGCACGCAGCAAUGAGAAGCUUUGUGAAUUCCAUAAAACUGUCUCAUAUUGCGAGACCUGCUUAAACAUGCAGGGCACCACUGUUAGCCUACAGCUCAAUGGGCAAGUGUGUUUGAGCAUGGGCAAUGCCUAUCUGGGCCUUAGCAUUUUACAAAAAGCCUUGGUGAGCUACGAGAAGGCCCUGCGUUACGCUCACAACAAUGACGACAAGAUGCUAGAGUGCAGGAUUUGUUGCAGUUUGGGCAGCUUCUACAUCCAGCUUAAGGAUUAUGAGAAAGCACUCUUCUUUCCUUGCAAAGCAGCUGAACUAGUAAAUGACUAUGGUAAGGGGUGGAGUCUAAAGUACCGUGCCAUGAGCCAGUACCACAUGUCUGUGGCCUUCAGGAAGCUGAUGCGCUUGCCAGAUGCAAUGGAAUGCUGUGAGGAAUCAAUGAAGAUUGCAUUGCAGCAUGGAGAUCGGCCUCUUCAGGCAUUGUGUCUGCUUAACUUUGCUGAUAUCCAUCGCUGUCAAAAAGAUGUUGAUAAAGCAUUCCCUCGAUAUGAUUCCUCCAUGUGUAUAAUGUCAGAGACUGGCAACCGAUUUGGACAAGCAUCCAUCUAUGUAGGAGUGGGGAAGUGCUGGAUUUUACAGAAGGAAUACGAUAAGGCUCUGGACUCAUUGCAACGAGCACAUGAUCUGGCAGAGGCAAUUGGAAAUAAGCUGUGUAUUCUGAAGGUGCACAGCCUGUGUGAAGGUAUCUACCGCUGUAAGGAGCAGCAUGACGAGUUGAGAGAGCAAGUGGUGAAGUUCCUGCAGUGUGUGGAAGAGCUCGAGCUAUACUGUGGCAUGUGCGGGGAGUCCAUCGGAGAGAAGAACCAGCAGCUGCAGGCCUUGCCCUGCUCUCACAUUUUCCACCUCAAGUGUCUACAGACAAAUGGCACAAAGGGCUGCCCGAAAUGUCAUCGCUCAUCUGUGAAGCUAGGUUUUGUAUGAGGUUUACCAUCCUGCUUUGGACAAACUGGCCGAAUCCCACCACAGUGACCCAUCUGGGAGCAAGAGAUCCAGGACCUUCUUCCAGGAAGCUUUCGAAUUGGACAAAGGAAGGUUUUCCAGUGUUUACAUCCUGUCCUUUUGGCAACUGGAAAUAUUGUGGUAAUGACAGGACAUGAUAGUCCAACGCAGAGAAGUCACUGAAGAAGGCAGAUAUUUUUCUGAGAAAUAUAUCACUUAUUGAUGUGACCAUAGAGGGAUAAAUUGAUCUCACAAUGCUCACAAAUUGCUGCAUCGAUGUUGGACAGAAACUUCAAAACAGCUUCUCUCUGGGCAAAGCAGCAUUGCUGUACUGUCAUUGUGGGUAUUUGCUAAAGAGGUGUGAGCUUUACAUAUCACCUGGUUAUCUCAGUGGACAUUUACCUAAAGGCAGAAUGCAGAUCUUCAACAAACAUUGGUAACACUUUACAAUAAGGUUCUGUUUGUUAACAUUAGUUUACAUGAACUAACAAUGAACAAUAUUUUAACAACAUUUAUUAAUCUUGUUUAAUGUUAAUUUCAACAUGUUGUAAUACAUUUUUUUAAAUCAAGUUGUGUUUGUUAACAUAAGUUAAUGCACUGUUAAAAAAUAUAUUGUUCAUUGUUAGUUCAUGAUACCUAAUGCAUUAACUAAUAUUAAUGAAUAGAACCUUAAUGUUAAGUGUUACCCAAACAUUUCUCAUUAAUUAAUAUUGUGUAUUUAUAAUUUUCUAAGCAAUUACUUGUGCUACAAAUCCAAUGUCAUUUCUUCAGAAUUUACAAAUAAUUUGUUAAUGCUAUUCUUUAUGUAAUUUUGAAAGGAUAUAAGUGUUUUUGGUCUGCAAUAUCGGUAACACUUUACAAUAAGGUUCCAUUUGUUUACAUUAGAUAACAUACGCAACUUUUGUAUAAGUUAUCAUUAGUUAAUGCACUAUGAACUUAUUGACAAUUAACAAUGAAUAAUUGUAUUUUUAUUAACAAAGAUUAAUAAAUGCUUUAUACAAUAUAUUAUUAAUUGUCGGUACAUGAUACCUAAUGCAUUAACUAAUGUUAAUGAAUGGAACCUUCUUGUAAAGUGUUAACACAAUAGCAGACAUGCUGGUUCUAUUUAAAUUUGUUUGAAGUUUGUUUUGUGUUUGUAGAAAGCUCAGAUGUCUCUAACUGCCCUCCUGUUUUGUCAGUUUGUGAGCUGUAAUUUUCUGAGGUAACGGGCAUGUGUUCAACUUAUUAACUUGACCAACUAUACAUUUUGUUAACUAUUUAUAUGGCAAUUAUUUAUGAUAUCAUUUCUUUUAUCAACAAUCUUAUACUGGACUCUGAUAUUGUUAUACUGUUUCUGAUAAUAGUCAUUUUGAAUCAUUUAGAAGAAUAGUACAAUGAUUUUCUUUGACUCUGAAUCAACAGAAUGUGAAAAUUAUCGUAUUUUUUCAAAUGCAUUUACGGGAUGCGCUGUUGGAAAUAUAGUUUUCAGAUAUCACAUUUAAAAUGUAUCUACCUUAUUUUCACAUAAGAAGAUGUGAUCUAUAAUUAAUCAACAAAUGUUUUUAUACCUUUUCCCAUGAUAUAGAAGUGGCCCAAAAAUACUUUUUAUCUUUAUUUCUUUGUGGGCACUUUUAUUUUUCAGUCAAAAAUAAAUGUUAGCAAAUCCUUAUAUGAAAGGUAAAUGAUUUAACUAUGAGACUAAUACAACAAUGUUUUGAUAUUUCCUUAAUCCCACACAUUACGAGAUGUGAUGGAUUCAGUUAUUAACUAUUAUACUUUUUAUAAGUAUCCAAUGGACGUUAAUAGUCUUUUGUUAAUGUCUAAUUGAUGACUCACUAACUUUUAAUAAUUGCUAUUUCUGGUGCAUGUUUCUUCUUUGACUUUAAACAGUGGACCCUAUUUUUGUCCCACUGUAAUUAUUCCAUUAGAAAUAGAAUAAUAAUACAAAUAUAUCUGAUCAAAUAAAUCUGUUAUAGCUCCCAAGACAAGGUUAAGCAUAUGCAAUUUAAAAACACUAUAUAUUUAUUUCUGGUUGUGAUCAGACAUAUUCUCAUAAUGACAUAAAAAUAACAUGACAUGACAAUUUAUAAUUGUUGAACUUUUUACAUGGGAGCAAAAUGAAAAUAUGCUGCUUAUUUGUUCCUCUUAGCUUAUUUUCAUAAUUUUUAUCCACUUACUAUUUACAUGCAUUAUAUAGAUUGUAACUUUUUCCUUAAAUACUAAGCUAACCACCCUAAUCUGCAUGCUGUGUAUUACAGAUGUCUCACAUCCUGGUUAAUCACAGGUCAUAACUACCUCUCACAAAAUGUGCAUGUUUAUGCUACAGAAUCUUCUGAAAAUGAGACUGAACACUGAUGUAUUUAAGAGAAGCCCUGUGUAUACAGUCAAUUGACUUUUUCUAGUAAA